AUGGAACCAGAGAAGUGCAUUUCUUCUGCAACGAUGGAUCCAUCCAUCCAGCCUCCUGGAGAUGGAACCAGCAAGCCCGCGCUGGAGGACGAAUCUCUCGAGCAGAUCGACGAGAAGAACUCCAACCACGAUGAAGAAGCUGGACCCGAACAGGAUGCUACCGAGAAAGCACCGCUUGACGUGUCCCAGCCGAAGAAAAAGAAAAAGAAAAACCGCAAGCCCAAAAGCAAACGAGGCCAGGACAAGCCUACUGGAUUCGAGGAAUACUACGUCGAUGCCCCCAUGACGCCGGAUGAACACGACUAUGAGCGGGAAAUAUACCAAAGAGAGCGUCCCGUCAUUUUUCGAAUCCAGGAAGCGCUCACCCGAUACCAGGCAAAGCGUCGAAUUGAAACAGAGCGCAUGCAGGUCUUUAGCAGGUACUUGAUCUACGGUGGUGUCGAGGUGGGACCCAAGAUGUUUGGAGGUCUCAGUGCUGCGGAGUUGAAGCAGAUGGACAGUGAAAAUAUCGCGACGGCGCGGUCGCAGACAAACAUCAGAUACGAUCGGCUGGAUAUGAAGGUCGACUUUGAUGCUGUCGUUCGAGGGUUUCUCGAGGAGACGAUCAAAUUGGCCACGGUCACCAUCAAGAAUUUCCUGAACUAUCUCCUCUAUCACGACGUGUGUCCCGAGUACAAGGACAACAUCAAUGCCGCGCGUGCUUCCUGCGACAUUGCCACCAAACAGCUCUGGGACAACCAGCGCUUCGUUGCACAGGGGCCAGGCCACUUUAAUCAGGCCUGCUCUAUGCUCUUUGGUGGUUAUUUCUUCGAUCCAGACGCCGACGGGAGCGACUGGGUCAAUGAAAAGAGCCAGUCCCCCCGGAUGACCAGCGAGAUUGCGCGUAAAGUGAUCAAGUUCGCCCUGGCCGGUGCGGGAUCCGACGAACAGGCCACUCGGUUCCGCGACCUGAGUAGCAAGAAUGAACUCAGGGCAGUCUGCAUCGAGGACAUCGACGGGUUCGAGGUCACAGAGGCCAUUCUCCCUGACAACGACCUCCGUGAAUUCUACCGCACCCAGGCGCCAGACCUUCGUCCAGUCGGCAAGCUGCGUGCGAAACCGUACCGAGACCCGGCCAGACCGAAGAUUGACCUCAGUCCGGAAGAGAGCGUGGAAUGGGAGCAGAAAUGGAACGACCUCCUCCAUUCCACCGAGUUCGAGUUUCUGGUCGAAGAGGACCUCCUCCGGUUCUGCUACCCGGGGAUGAAGGUCACCACCACGGUCUGGCGGCUCAAUUGCGGCCUCGACUUCUUCGACGAGGUCUUCUCCGCCUACUGCUCCAUCUACACCAUCCUCGCGAACGAUCUGAUGAUCGGGUGGAAGAAGCCUCGUGACAAAACGGUCAAGGAUGCCGAAGAAGAAGAAAAAGAGACUACUGGCGAAGACAAGGGAAAGAAGAAAGCCGAAGGCGGGGAGAUGGACGGAUCUAAGGUGGAAAAAGAAGAAGAGGAUGAUGAUGAUGACUAA